UGCAGCUUUACAGCCGUCCAACAUGGUUUCGCUUAUUACAUACACACUGACCAUGCCAUGUGGAAAAGCCUGGUUCGGCCUGUUUAGCGCUCUUGCUGCAAGCCCUCUAUGUUAUAUGUAGUCUAAGACAGGGCAACCCUGCAACUACAACUAUCAUCAGCACCAAAAGGGAUAUCUGGAAAAGCUGUACCAAGCACCAGCAGCAUUCUGUUUUCCUCAGGCUUCUCCUAUGUUCAGUGAUGGGGAAGACCACCAUGUAGAGACAGAGAGGCAGCGGAGGCAAGAACAGAAUUUCAGCAAUGGGAAGCCACACAUGGAGUGGGUCUGGACUGCAGCCGUGGUGAGCCUGAGACCUACAGGACUUGAAACCACCAUCAUUGCCCUUCUCAGGACCUAGCCACUGGGGCUGUCCAACACUUACCUGGAUGCUCCCCACUGGUGAUUCGUCAUCCCCUCUUCUUCCCCCGUUCCAUUGCUCUCUUUUCUCCUCUUUUUUACUUGGGUGCUUUUUGAUCUGCUAAAAUCUCUCGAUCCUGAAAUAGAAGCUACUCAUCAAUUUAUCCACUCGGAUUUUUCCCCCUUCCCCUUUUUAUUGUGUUUAUCUGCCUACUUUAAUCACAAGACGUAUUCCUUUUUCCAUUUUUAGGUCAUUAUUACAUGCUUAAAAUCUAUUUUUAGGAUUUUUUUUUCUUUUGGAUGAGACUGAGCUCUGUUGCUCAAGCUUUUUGUUCAAUUAGCAAUAAUAAACACCAAUCUAACUGACUUGACAAGUUGACAUCAUGGGGGACAUGUCCAACAGCGAUUUUUAUGCCAAGAACCAAAGAAACGAGGGCAACCAUGCAGCGGGCUUCGGCUGCUCGCUCAUGGAGCUGCGCUCGUUGAUGGAGCUGCGUGGCACAGAGGCGGUGGUCAAGCUUCAAGAGGACUACGGGGGAGUAGAGGGACUGUGCAAACGGCUCCAAACCUCACCCACUGAAGGUCUUGCAGGUGUCCAAACUGAUCUGGACAAGAGGAAAGAAAUAUUUGGUCAAAACCUCAUACCUCCAAAAAAGCCAAAAACCUUCCUGCAGCUGGUAUGGGAGGCUUUGCAGGACGUCACCCUCAUAAUCCUGGAGAUCGCUGCCCUCAUCUCCCUGGGCCUCUCCUUCUACCAUCCUCCAGGGGAGAGCGGCGGAGAGUCUUGUGGUGCGGCAGGCGGCGGAGUGGAGGAUGAAGGUGAAGCAGAUGCCGGCUGGAUUGAGGGCGCUGCCAUCCUGUUGUCCGUAGUAUGUGUGGUGCUGGUGACAGCCUUCAACGACUGGUCGAAGGAGAAGCAGUUCCGAGGGCUGCAGAGCCGCAUCGAGCAGGAGCAGAAGUUCCAGGUGGUCCGUGGCAGCCAGGUCAUUCAGCUUCCUGUGGCGGACAUCUUGGUAGGGGACAUCGCACAGAUCAAAUAUGGCGAUCUACUUCCUUCUGAUGGAGUCUUGAUUCAGGGAAAUGACCUGAAGAUUGAUGAGUCAUCACUGACCGGAGAGUCUGACCACGUCAAGAAGGCUGCAGACAAAGACCCCAUGCUUUUGUCUGGGACCCAUGUGAUGGAGGGGUCAGGACGCAUGGUGGUGACUGCUGUUGGUGUUAACUCCCAGACUGGCAUCAUCUUCACCCUGCUGGGGGCCGGCGUGGAGGAAGAGGAGAAGAAAGAGAAGAAAGGAGAGGCAGUGGAAGACGGACACCAGAACACAGACUGCUCUCAUCCCUCUAUCCACCCCAUUGCAACUAUAGCCACGGAUGGGGCUGCAAGCAUUAAUGCCCCUGGCAGUGCCAGCCUAAUUAAUGGUAAAAUGCAAGAUGGCAAUAUGGAGAGCAACCAGAUUAAAGUGAAGAAGCAGGAUGGAGCAGCUGCCAUGGAAAUGCAGCCUCUGAAGAGUGCUGAAGGCGGCGAGUCCGACGAGAAAGAGAAAAAGAAAGUGUCAGCUCCGAAGAAAGAGAAGUCUGUGCUGCAAGGGAAGCUGACCAAGCUGGCCGUCCAGAUUGGCAAAGCAGGGCUGCUCAUGUCUGCCGUUACAGUCAUCAUCCUGGUCCUGUUUUUUGCCAUCGACAACUUUGUGAUGAAGAAAAACCCUUGGAUGCCAGAGUGCACUCCCAUUUACAUCCAGUACUUUGUCAAGUUUUUCAUCAUUGGUGUGACUGUGUUGGUGGUGGCAGUGCCAGAGGGGCUGCCAUUGGCUGUCACCAUCUCCCUGGCGUACUCUGUCAAGAAAAUGAUGAAAGACAACAACCUCGUGCGACACCUGGAUGCAUGUGAAACAAUGGGCAACGCAACAGCGAUCUGCUCUGACAAGACGGGCACGCUGACCACCAACCGCAUGACGGUUGUGCAGUGCUACAUUGGAGAUGUGCACUACAAAGAAAUCCCAGAUCCUGGAGCAAUCCCACCCAAAUCACUGGACCUACUGGUUAAUGCCAUCGCUAUCAACAGCGCCUAUACUACAAAGAUUCUGCCCCCAGACAAGGAAGGUGGUCUUCCAAAGCAGGUGGGCAACAAGACUGAGUGCGGUCUGUUGGGAUUGGUCUUGGAUCUGAAGCGGGAUUACCAGCCAAUAAGAAACCAGAUCCCCGAAGAAAAGCUUUACAAAGUCUACACCUUCAACUCUGUCAGGAAGUCCAUGAGCACUGUCAUCAAACUUCCUGACGGUAGCUUCCGCAUGUACAGCAAAGGAGCCUCUGAGAUUGUACUCAAAAAAUGCAGCCAAAUUCUUAAUGAAGUGGGUGAGCCGAGGGUUUUUCGUCCUCGAGACAAGGAUGAGAUGGUAAAGAAAGUGAUUGAGCCCAUGGCUUGUGAUGGCCUGAGGACCAUCUGUGUGGGGUAUCGUGACUUUCGCGGUGAUCCUGAGCCCAACUGGGAAGAGGAGAACAACAUUCUCAAUGAUCUCACAGCCAUCUGUGUUGUUGGAAUCGAGGACCCCGUCAGACCAGAGGUGCCCGAUGCGAUUCUGAGGUGCCAGCGUGCGGGCAUCACGGUCCGCAUGGUGACGGGAGACAACAUUAACACAGCCAGGGCCAUAGCCAUCAAGUGUGGCAUCAUCCAUCCAGGAGAGGACUUCCUCUGCAUUGAUGGCAAAGAGUUCAACAGGAGGAUCCGUAACGAGAAAGGAGAGGUGGAACAGGAGCGUAUCGACAAGGUAUGGCCUAAACUCCGAGUCCUGGCCAGAUCAUCCCCAACUGACAAACACACACUUGUCAAAGGCAUUAUUGACAGCACAAUGGUAGACCAGAGGCAGGUGGUAGCUGUGACAGGAGACGGGACAAAUGACGGACCCGCUCUCAAGAAAGCAGAUGUGGGCUUUGCCAUGGGCAUAGCUGGUACAGAUGUGGCCAAGGAGGCGUCAGAUAUCAUCCUGACUGAUGAUAACUUCAGCAGCAUAGUGAAGGCAGUGAUGUGGGGCCGAAAUGUCUACGACAGCAUUUCCAAGUUUCUCCAGUUCCAGCUGACUGUUAAUGUUGUGGCCGUCAUAGUGGCUUUCACAGGUGCCUGCAUCACACAGGACUCUCCUCUGAAAGCAGUGCAAAUGCUGUGGGUGAACCUGAUCAUGGAUACGUUUGCUUCUCUGGCCCUAGCGACAGAGCCUCCCACCGUGUCUCUGCUGAAGAGGAAGCCGUACGGUCGCAAUAAACCUCUAAUCUCCAGCACCAUGACAAAGAACAUUUUAGGACACGGAGUCUAUCAGCUUGUUAUUAUAUUCACACUGCUCUUUGUUGGAGAGCAGAUAUUUGACAUCGACAGCGGCCGCAAUGCGCCUCUGCACUCACCUCCGUCUGAGCACUACACCAUCAUCUUUAACACCUUUGUCAUGAUGCAGCUGUUUAAUGAAAUAAAUGCUCGCAAAAUCCACGGAGAGAGGAACGUCUUUGAUGGUAUCUUCAGGAACCCCAUCUUUUGCUCUAUUGUUUUUGGUACAUUUGCUAUGCAGAUUGUGAUUGUGCAGUUUGGAGGGAAGCCAUUCAGUUGUCAACCUUUAGACCUGGAAAAAUGGAUGUGGUGUGUUUUCCUUGGGCUGGGAGAACUUGUAUGGGGACAGGUGAUUGCUAGUAUACCCAAUAGCAGGCUGCGCUUCCUGCGGAGGGCAGGCCAGUUAAGUCAGAAAGAUGAGUUACCAGAAGAGGACGUAAAUGAAGACAACGAGGAGAUCGACCACGCGGAGAGGGAGCUCAGGAGAGGGCAAAUCCUGUGGUUCAGAGGACUUAACCGCAUCCAGACUCAGAUCCGAGUUGUGAACGCGUUCCGUAGCUCCCUCUACGAAGGCCUGGAGAAACCAGAUUCCAGAACAUCCAUCCACAACUUCAUGACGCACCCCGAGUUUAGGAUAGAAGACUCCACACCCAAUAUCCCCCUCAUUGAUGACACGGACGAUGAUUCCGCCCGGAGGAGGAAGUACUCGAGCCAGCCGUCGUCUCCUAACAAGAACAACAACGCCAUCGACAGUGGCAUCAACCUCACCAUCGACAUCAGUAAAUCUGCCGCUUCGUCCAGCCCGGCCAGUCCUCUGCACAGCUUGGAGACCAGCCUCUAACCCUGAUCCCACACUCACCUCUUAAAUCAUUCCCUCUCAGCCCAGCAGGGUCACCUCCUCCAGCUCCUCCAGACCUUUAACUGUUAUGGUAAACCCUUUUAACUCCAAAAUGUUCACCUAAUUAUCACCUCCUUGUCCGAUUAAGUAACAUUUACCUCCAACACAGGGCAGGUCCUUUGGAAAAUAUGUCCAUCUCCCUCCAGUAACCUUGAGCCCGCAAAGCUCAACUUCUCCUUUAAAAAUGGAGCAAUUCUUAGUGAUAUGGCAAGGUUUAAAAGAAAAACUACCAUACAAUCAAAAAAUCUCAACAAAGCCACAGAACUCACACAGCCAUCCUGCUUUUGUGGUUGUAUGUGUACGGUGGCAGCCGUGGUGGUGUGUAUGACUAUAUGCUUGUACUGGUUAGCAUGUACUGUAUAAGCGCGUGGCUGACUGCACGUAUGUAUGAACUGUGUCUGCAGUGGUACCGAGGGAAGGAACACGAGGAGGGAGACUGCUGAAGAAUAAAAAUCGCAAAACAGGACAGACUUUAACCUCUCCUUCAACUCCUUCUCUUCAUCAAUAACAUUGUUAAUAUUGAGACAGUAAUAGUUUAAAUUAAAUUAAAAGCUGUUAUUAUUCUAAUUCUGAUGCUGAUUAUUAUUGUUAUUAUUCUUAUUGCUCCUGCAUGAAUGUACAUUACCCAGGUUUUAUUUAAAAGGGUUUUAAUUUUAUUGGCGUUCUUUGGUUCUGAUCGGCUGGGCCUUGCAGCGGACUGCUUCUCUGAGUUCCUGGCCUGCAAAGUUCCCUUUUCCGUGUGGCAUGAACAUGUACCAGACUGUAAAAAUUUAUUUCAUUCAUAAACAGAGACGUGUAUCAAGGUGGUAGGGCUUAACUUGCACACUAGUUUUGCACCUGUUGGAAAAGAGGAACACAAGAUAAAUAAUAAUGAUGAUAGCAUUUAUGAGAUAUAUUCUAUACAUAUAAAUUCAUAAAAUUAUAUUUAGAGAGAGUUUAUCUUUGUUUGUUGGCAUGUUGCCUUGUUCCUGCUUCAAUGGCUCAAAUUAUUUUGACUUAUUUAUGUCUUAAAGAGAAUGUAAUUGUUUACAACCUCGUAGAGAUAAACUUCCUGGUUUCUAAAAGGAGGCAGGUGAAGUUGGAGCUCAGUUUCGUUGGCGUGUUACAGAAAAAACCCAUGAUGGAAUCUGCCUGCUAUAUUGUCAAAUAAUGUAGGUAUUUUUAGAGGAUCUACAACAAAAAGAAACCAAAAUAUUAUGGGAUGCAUAUUACAUGUUGAAUCUUAGUAUUACAGUACUCUAUAUGAUUGUUGGGAUCAAGUAGGAGUGGCUUGCCUUUGUUUUUUCUUAAUGGAGGCCUCCUUUUUGACAGAGGAUGAUAUUUGAUUUUUUUUUUUAUUUUGAUGUUUUAUUUUUUCUGUGAUUCAGCACUGACCUGGGGUAAGUGCACGAGUCAACAGCUGAUUUCAGGACUAUUUUACUGAACUUUCCUUGAGGCAUCCCUGCUUGUUUGAAGGACUUGAUGUUUUAAACAUAUAUUUGACCAUCAAAAGGCUGCAACUAAGUCAUAUUAGAAAUUUGCAAAGUUGUAUUGGGAUUAUCUGUACUGCGAGGAAAUCAGAUGUAUUUUGUUUAAAACUUGAAAUAUAUUGUGUUGUUAUUUUUUAUUUUAUUUCGGUUAAAAGAAGUUUCAUAUCCUCUAACAGAAAGACAUGCUCACACUCAGACUCACACUGACACACAUGCAGCCCCACAAAGCUGUUUGCAUUUUUAACAACUUAAAAAAAAGGAAAAACAUACAAAAAAAGAAGAAUAACAAAAGAAAUUACAACAAAAAUGGAAUGUUGCUUUGACUCCUUUUCUAUACAUAAUUAUAUAUAUAUAUAUAUAUAUAUAUAUAUAUAUAUAUAUAUAUAUAUAUAUAUAUAUAUAUAUAAAUAUGAAGAUUUUCUGCACUAUCUGGUUAUGAAUGAAAACUUCUGUGGUGUAAUUCUAGAUGUGCUUUUGUGUGUUUUAACAAAGCUUGUCUUCCUGCCGUCACAAAAUAUACAGUACUUUAGCAUCUCAACUGUACUCACUAGUUGUAAACUAUUUAUUGUGCUUCGACCAAUCAGACAUUACCAGACUGAAGUUACAUACAGAAGGCACAUUUACCCAUCUUAUUGCACUCAGAAGGGCAAAACCACCUAACUAGCCUCUACUAUUGUUAUUUGUAUUACUAACUAAACUUGAUGACAAGCAUGAUUUGAUAGGCUCAUUAUGCAACUGGGGGGUUAAAAAAAAUUCCUAAUUUUUCUACUUGAAAGAAGAAAAAAAUCCUAAACAGUAGACAGUGUAAUCAAUUAUUUAUCUCAGCAGUUCUGUCUUGUUUUCUUUUAUACAUCCUCCUCCUUCUCUGUCAUUACCUAGUGAAGACAACGUUCUGGAGAGGUUGCAGAAGCUUUACCAGUGUUUUAAAAAAAAGUGGCAUGGACCAUCUGAAUAAAAUCACUUAUUUAAGUUGGAAGAAAACAGUCUGCAUUUUGAUAUUCUCUCUAGAAACUGUUAAUUUAUUUGCUUCCUUCACAGCGUAACAUUUUAUUUGUGUGUAAGACUAAGAACCAUACAUCAGUCAAAAGUUUGGACACUCUUCUAUAUAAUGAAUAAGAGAGUGUAUUUUGACUGGUAGUGCAUAUAUAUAUAUAUAUAUAUAUAUAUAUAUAUAUAUAUAUAUAUAUAUAUAUAUAUAUAUUCUCAAACAACUUUGACAUUUUUACAUCUUGGAGGACUUUCAGCCUUUAGACGAUGCAAUGAAACUGAGUUGAAAAAUAAUUUUUUUGUAAAUAGUAAUGGGCCCACUGAGGACAGAAAACCCAAUGUGGACUGGUCUGAAAACGGGAACUUUUCCUGACCACAUCUCCCAUCAUGCACCACGAUGAGUCGUACUGCCGACACAGCUGCUUGGCUGUAUGUAAUCAAUCACUGCUCCUGUCAGAAACUUCAAAACAUUGUGAUUGCAUUCAAAUCAUAACACAUCUUGUAACAAUCAUUAUGUUGACAAUGAUGAUAAUGAUGAUGAUGAUGAUGAUGACGAUGCUGAUGAUGAUGAUGAUGAUGAUGAUGAUAACAAUGACCCUUCUUGCAAUAUACUCUCACCUGCCUCGAUGUACUGUAUUUAGCAGCAUGCAGUUUGUGGAACAAAGAAAAAGAGAAAUGCCAACAGAUAGCUUUUUUUUGGCAUACUUAGCCAUUAAUGGGUAAGUGAAUUAAGUGUUCAUCUUGUUUUUAUGACAUUUUUUUAUCUAUACAAUAAUUGUAAAUAAAGAACUCGAUGUAUUUGUUCAUUU